ACGCUGGUAUAUGGGUGUUUUAAAAAUUUUAUAGGUUAUCUUUAAACAGUUUACAGGUUCGUAUUUUAUGAAAAUAAUUUCAAUGUUUUCUUUUAAAACAGUAUUUCAGUUACAAUGAUUGAAACACAUUAUAAGAACUUUCCAAAAAUACGGUCCACUCUUCAAGCAACUGUGUUGCUGAGAAAUGUUACAACUCUACUAAUAAGGACUCUUCAAUUUGAUAUAUCUACAUUCAUCUCAACAUCAUUAUCAGUCAUAUAUUGUACAGAAAACUCAAAAGCAUACAGUAAUAGUUUUCAGGCUGGCAAGAAGGUACUGGGUUAAUAUUCCUAUCAUUUAACAAAAGUGCUACUGUAAAAAUGUUACUCACAUUUUGUGGAAACAGCAUCAUGGGACGCUACUACUAUUUUAAAAACUUUAAUAACUGCAUCCAUGUUGAAGCAAGGGAACGUUAGUUAUAGGUUUAGGACAACCUACAGACGUUCACAUUUGGAAAGUACUUUUAAAGAAACGCUGACGAAGUUUAAAUCAUGUCUGCAGAUUUGAAGAGCAAGCAAUGGCCCCAAGUUCUAGCUGCUGUUACAUGUGCCAUAAAUGCCUUUGGCAUGGGAUUACAGUUCGGCUGGCCCCCUCAAGCAAUUCCAAAAAUUCUUUCGGACGAAUUUCCUUCACAUGUUACAAGCGAUGAGACUUCGUAUAUUCUUCUUAUCGGUCCUUUGUCGUACAUCGUUGCGGCUCCCGUAUUUGCAUCCCUUGCUGAUAUUAUUGGAAGGAAAAAAUGCCUUCUCCUUUUGGCCAUUCCUCAAUUAAUUGCCUGGAUCUUAAUAGCAAAUGCAAAGACGGUCAUGGUCCUUUAUAUAGCCAGAUUGAUCGGUUCGGCCUUCGAGGGAGGACUGUAUGCUGUGUACCCCAUGUAUUUGGGUGAAAUUUGUGAACCGAAAGUAAGAGGAGUGCUGGGAUCUUCUUUGUCAGUUUCAAUUCUUUUGGGCCAGGUCGUAAUGACAGCUUAUGGUUCCUAUACAUCCAUAACCGUUUCGGCGUAUAUAGCCUGUAUUUCCCCUAUACUUUUUCUCUUGACAUUCUCUUGGAUGCCUGAAUCUCCUUAUUUUUUCCUGAUGAAAAAUCGAGUAAAAGAGGCCGAACAAUCCCUGAAAGCAUUGAGAAAAAUGGAUAAUGUGGAGAAAGAACUGAACCAACUAGAAGGAGAUGUUAAGAGACAAAUGUCCGAAAGUAACAGUAUUAAAGACCUGUUCAUGAUUGAUAGUAAUAGAAGGGGUUUGGUCGUCAUGUUUUGUCUAAGGACUUUUCAACAGCUAUCUGGUAUAACACCGAUUGGUUUCUAUGCCCAAAUAAUCUUCAAAGAAGGUGGUGAUUUCCUUUCUCCAGAAAUUUGUUCUAUAAUUUACUUCUUGAUACAAGUAACUGUUGCCUCUUUGGCAGCUGCAGUGGUCGAUAAAUUUGGAAGGAGACCGUUGUUUAUGACAUCUAGCUUUACUACUGCAAUAAUUCUUUUCCUUUUGGGCGUUUAUUAUUAUCUUAGCAACCUCGGUUACGAUUUAACUAGUUAUAACUGGAUGCCGUUGGUGGGUAUGAUCUUGUACGUUAUUUGCAUGAGUUUUGGAAUUUUGGUUGCCCCAAAUUUGAUGGUGGGAGAAAUGUUUUCCACUAGAGCCAAAGCAAAAGCCUUAAGUAUCUGUUCCAUACAUUUUGCCAUUUUGAUAAGUAUAUUGACACAAGUGUUUCAUCUUUUACAAAAGAAUUUUGGCAUAAGUUCGCCAUUUUUUCUUUUCGGGACCUGUACGAUGUUUGGAGUGGUAUACGGGCACUUUUGGAUGCCAGAAACAAAAGGGAAGACGUUAGAAGAAAUACAACAGUAUUUAAAAGGGCGAAGGGAUACAAGAAAAUCAAAUGCAUAUAACGGUUUUGAAAAUAAGGGUAACAAUAUUUGUGAGAAAUAAUUGUUAGGUAAUUUCGAAUUUUACGGAAUUGUAAACGGAAAAGUUUGAAUGAAAAAUAGAUGUAACUUUUUAU